UUCGUCGCUUGUCGGGGAGCAGCGGCGUGGUUGUGGGGCCGAGCGGGCUGUGUUUGGUGCGGCUUUGGCCCGUGCGCUGUGUGGCGAGAGCGGCGUGAAGGGAGGCAGGGCAGCGGCAGGAGGCAGGAGCUUGGCGAGCGGCGGCGGCGGCGGCGGCGGGCGAGAAUGGCGGUGAGGCGGCGGCAGAGGCGCGGGCCGGGCGGCGGGCGAGCGCUGCUGGCCGCGGUGCUGCUGUGCGUGUGGUGGCGGGCGGCGGGCGAGCGGCUCCGCUACGCCAUCCCCGAGGAGCUGGGCAGAGGCUCGCUCGUGGGGCCGCUGGCGCGGGACCUGGGGCUGAGCGCGGACGAGCUGCCGGCGCGCAAGCUGCGGCUGAGCGAGGAGAAGCAAUACUUCACGGUGAAUGAGGAGAACGGCAACCUGUACGUGAACGAGAGGCUGGACAGGGAGGAGAUGUGCGGCGAGUCGGCGUCCUGUUCUGUCAGUUUCGAGGCGCUGGUGCACAACCCUCUGAACGUUUUCCAUGUGGAGGUGUCCAUUGAGGACGUGAAUGACAACUCCCCAGAGUUCAGCAAGGCUGUUCUGGACCUCGAGAUCGAUGAAUGGAAGCCUCCCGGUGCCCGAUUUCUUCUGGAGACGGCACGAGAUGCAGACGCAGGAAGCAACUCGUUGCUGACUUACCAUCUAACCAGCAACCCGUCCUUCUCCCUGGCCAUGAAGGACAGUCCGGACGGAAGCAAACCAGAGUUAGUACUGGAAAGAGCAUUAGACAGAGAGGAGCAGAGUUCUUUCGAGCUUGUUCUGACGGCGGUUGAUUCCGGGGACCCCGCGAAGUCUGGAAGUGUCCAGAUUCGGGUCAACGUGACAGACGCCAAUGACAACCCACCCGUAUUCGCGCAGGACCACUACCGUGUGAGCCUCCGUGAGGACACACCGCCGGGUUCGACAGUCCUGAAUCUGUCAGCCACAGACGCCGACGCUGGCACCAACGCCCUCAUCACCUACGGCUUCAGGAAAAUGCCGAUCAAGGCCCUUGAGAAGUUCGUGGUCGAUGCAGAGAGUGGGUCAAUCACGCUGCAGGAGGCUUUGGACUUUGAGGAAGCGCGCGCGUUCAGCCUGGCUGUGGAGGCGAAAGAUGGAGGGGGUUUGGUGGGAAUCUGCAAGGUGGAGGUGGAAGUGCUGGACGUGAACGACAACGCGCCCGAGAUCACCAUUCUAUCCCUGUCCAGUCCCGUGCCCGAGGACGCACCGGUCGGAACCGUGGUGGCUUUGCUGAAAUUGCGGGACAGAGACUCCGGGGAGAACGGUCAGGUGUCGUGCGAGCUGUCGGGGGAGGCGGCGCUGUCGAUGGUGGCGUCGUCGGGCGGCUCGUACAAGGUGGUGACGGCGAGCGCGCUGGACCGCGAGCAGGCGUGGGAGCAGCGCGUGACGGUGGUGGCCCGGGACCGGGGCAGGCCGUCGCUGUGGAGCAGCAGGGAGCUGGUGCUGGAGGUGUCGGAUGUGAACGACAACGCGCCGGUGUUCGAGGAGGCGGCGUACAGCGCGUACGUGGCGGAGAACAACGCGGCGGGCGCGCUGGUGCUGCGCGUGCAGGCGCGGGACGCGGACGCGGGCGCCAACGGGCGCGUGAGCUACUGGCUGGCGGGCGGCAGCGCGGGCGCGGCGGGCGCGGCGCCGCUGGUGUCGGUGGAGGCGCGGAGCGGCGCGCUGUACGCGCAGCGCUCCUUCGACUACGAGCAGUGCCGCGAGUUCGCGGUGGCCGUGCGGGCGCAGGACGGCGGCGCGCCGGCGCGCAGCUCCACGGCCACGGUGCGCGUCUUCGUGCUGGACCGCAACGACAACGCGCCGCGGGUGCUCUGGCCGGCGGCAGGGGCGGCGGCAACGGGAGAGGCGUCGUCUCCGUUCGAGGUGGUUCCGCGGUCGGCCGAGGCCGGCUACCUGGUGGCCAAGGUGGUGGCGGUGGACGCGGACGCGGGGCGCAACGCGUGGCUGUCGUACGAGCUGGUGCAGGCGUCGGAGCCGGCGCUGUUCCGCGUGGGGCUGCACAGCGGCGAGGUGCGCACGGCGCGCGCCGUGUCCGAGCGGGACGCGGCCAAGCAGCGUGUGGUGGCCGUGGUGAAGGACCACGGGCAGCCGGCGCUGUCGGCCACGGCCACGCUGCACGUGGUGCUGGCCGAGAGCUUGCAGGAGGCGCUGCCGGAGCUGAGCGAGCGGCCGGCGGGCGCCGAGGCGGCGGCGGCGGCGGCGGCCGAGCUGCAGUUCUACCUGGUGCUGGCGCUGGCGCUGCUGUCGGCGCUCUUGGUGCUGAGCGUGGCGCUGGCCGUGGUGGCGCGGCUGCGGCGGGCCGGGCCGCCCGCCGUGCUGCGCUGCCUGGGCGCGCAGCGCUUCUCGCUGGCCGGCGCCGCCUUCCCGGCCGACUUCUGCGAGGGCACCUUGCCCUACUCCUACAACCUGUGCGUGCCGCCGCCGGCCCGCGCCGUGCCCGAGGCCGCUUGGCCGCCGCCGCCGGUGCCGGUGGUGCCCGUCCUGUCGGCGGAGGAGCUUCUUGGCGGCGAUUCCUGCGAGAAGCCGAGCCCGAGCAGUAACGUCGUCGUGGGAGAGCCGCCCGCCGAUGCUGCUGCACUGCAGGUGUGUAAAGCGUCAGCUCCUUCUGCUUUUAAAAGUUUCUGAAAUGUCGUUCAUGUUUUCCGGGUAUUCUAUGCGUGGUGUCAUUGGGGACUUGUCAUCUUUGUCCCUGCAUAGCGGAGGAAGUUUUUCAUUGUUUUCAGGUAACAGAUUCAGCUGACAGGCUUUGACUCUGUCUCUCUUUUCCGCUAGUAGAAGUGUUUCUCUCUGUCUUUCUCCAUGUUUCCCAGACUCAUGUUUUUGUGAGUUGCACAGUGCUGUCUCCGUGAUGGAGUGAAUUAAAGAACGGGCAAUGCCCCUUUCAUGGUAGAGCAGGAAGCACUUGGUUCUUCCUUGGUCACAGGUUAAGCUUCAGGUGCGAGGUUUUGUCUUCAACUCUUGAGCUCUAUCAGUUGCAAUGUGUUCGCAGUACCGCAUGCACAUUGGUAUUGGUAUUCUGUGGAAGGAGAAUGGCUGAUUGUUCUUCAGAGGGUCGAGGAAAAAGGGAAAAAACACUGACACCGGGUUUUGUAGUUUUCAUCCUUCCUGACUGCUUUGUUUAGUAAGGCU